AAAAUGAUUGCUGUGCAUGGAGGUGCUGGGUUAUUUAAAGAAGGAAUAGAGCAAUUUUGUGCAACAGCUUUAAAAGAUGAUGGAUUGGGGAAGGCUGGGAAUAACUUGACUAGUUCUGAUGAAAUUGAAGUUGGUAAUCGACUUGCCAAAGCAAUCAUGAAACUAGAAAAAUGUUCAAAAUUCAACUGUGGCUAUGGUUCGAAUUUAACCGAGGCGGGAACUGUAGAAUGCGAAGGGGCUUUCAUGUGUUCCGAAAAUUUGGCUUUUGGUGGCGUUGCUUCGGUCACAAAUUGUGCCCAUCCAAUUUAUGCAGCACACAAACUUUCAAUGUCACACAAAUCCAAUUCAGAAGAGAAUGGCUUGAUAAAACCUAUAGUUUUGGUUGGAAAAGGCGCAAAUCAAUAUUGUGAGGCUUUAAAUAUUGGAAUUGUUUUGAAUGAAAAUUUGAGGACAGAAAGGGCUAAAAGAGACAGGAAUUUGGCAAUGAAUAGAGUAUUUGAUGAUGAACAGAAUGGAGGUUCCAUGAACAAUAUUUCAAGGCUUGACACAACUGGAGGUGUUUUCAUUGAUGAAAAUGGUUAUUGCGAAGCUGGUGUCUCUAGUGGUGGUAUACUUCUCAAAAAGGAAGGUCGCUUAGGACAUUCUACCCAAUUUGGAGCUGCAAUAUGGGCUGAAAAACGUGAAAAAGCAUCAAUAGCAAUUUCACUUUCUGGGUGUGGUGAAACUUUAAUUAGAACACAUAUGGCUGAAAUAAUUGCAGAAUUUUUCUUUUCAAACGAUUUGGAGGACCUAUUUUUACCAGAAAAAAUAAAAAAUUUUCUAGAAGGAGAAUCUUUUUUAAAAUCAAAAAGACUACAAACAUUCCCUGCCAGCUACCUUUUGUUGGGAGGAAUCGCAGCUGUUCAAUCUAACAAAAUUUCGACACUUUACGCUUUCCACAAUUCUGUCCAUUUUCCAAUAGCUUUUAAAGGUUCAGACCAAAAAAUUCGGAAAUUUAAUUCAAAAAAUGAAAAAGUUGGAAAUUUUGUCUGCAAUUCAUUUAUUUUGUAA